CAGGAUGCUCGUGACUGUUUCGAGUCACAACGGCACAAGGGGUAUCCUGUGUUCCGCUCAAUCACUUUCCCACAGCACCACAAUCACAACAACCAAAACAAAAAACAACGUCCAAUUCAGAUACGGAAGUAAGGCUGAGAGGACUGACUGUGGCUCUCGGUCUGCAGUUGUUGUUGCUCCACAGCUGUCAACUAUACCGUACGGUACAGUACUGAACCAAUCUUAUCUACUCUACGCUAAGCUGUUGUGUCUGUUAGUUGGUUUCCUCAAGGUUAAGAAGAAUCGUUUCGGAAGUGACUGAUCUUUUCUGAUCUGAUCUGAUCGAGCAGAUCAAUUGAGUUAAGUUAAGCAUGGUGUUUGGGUUGGGUACUAGCAAGAAGAAAAAGGAGAAGGAAAAGGAGAAAAAUGCGGCCUUAUCUGCCCAACAACAAUCUCGUGCCAACUCUGCUCGUGACCUCGGAGGCUCCGAUAGAGAUAGGGGUACAUCCCCUCGGCUAACUAGCCGCAGUCAAUCGGUCCAGCAUGUGAGCCCCCGCUAUAACAAACCCACUGUGGGCGCUGCUAGCUCUUCCCAACUCAAGUCGGCCAUGAAGAAGAGUCCAAUGAGUGCUAGUACCACUGUCGGUACUUCUGCUAGGGGCAACUCUGCGUCCAAAGGUCCUCCCGCGAGCAUGCGAGCCAGUGCUCCUCCCAGCAAUCGAGCUACAUCUCCUCUGAAAAGCGCCAUGAAAUCGUCCAACCGCUACAGCAGUAGCACCACCACCUCUCCGAUCACGCUCACAACGACCACAACCACCAAGGUUCCUCGACAAUACUCGGGGCCCAUUGAUGUCGAUGAAAUCUCCAUGACACCCACGACUUUUUCGGGGGACGGCAUUGACGUCGACUCGAUCAUGGACCAGCCUCCUCGUAAAAUCACGACAUCCUCCUCCAGACCCACCUCCACGAUCAAAUCCGCAGCCAAGAAAACAGAAGCCUUUCAGCAAAAGAACAACCAACUCGCCAGCACCCCCAAGGUCUCCAACUCUUCCAAUUUUGCCACUCCUGCAUCUGCUCGAACCAAAAACAGCAAUGCCGGCAGCAGCAGUCCCACGCGAAGUCCCAAGACCAGUUCCAGCGGUCACCACAAAAAGCCCCUUGUCAAUAUGACACCCGAUACGGCCAUGUCCACCCUCCCUUCUUCCUCCUCUUCCAAUCAUAAUAAACCCAGCAUUGUCGAUCGAUCUCCCGGGUCCUAUGUCAAGAGUAGUCGACCAUCGGACGACUUGUCCGUCGUUAGUUUUGACAAGUCACUCGAUAACAUGAGUGUCAUGAGUCGCGUGUCCGUGCAUAUGGAUCAUUUUUUGGCCGAAAUGGCCAUGGCCGACAAUGCGCAAUUGGAACAACUCGCCGUCGAAGAAAUGAAACAUCGAAAGAUUAUUCCACAAAAACUGAAAAAGUUAAAUGCCAAAAUUGCCGUUUUGAACGAAGAAAAACAAGUCCUCGUUGGACUCAUUGAUCAAUUGACGGAACUCGUCAACAAUAAGGAAGUCAACAAACGCAAACGAAAAGAACGAAAAAAAGAAAAGAAACGUCUCAAAAAGGAAAAGAAAAAGAAACGAAAAGAAGCCGAACGCAGAUUGGCCAAAAAGUUAAAAGAAGCCGAAGAAGCGGAACGCAACAAAACAUUACAACAGCAACAACAGGCGGACGACGAAACCGAUUCGGACGACGAGUACAUUGCCAAAACACUUGAAGCUAAGGACGACAGCAGCAAGAAAUGGUGGGCUCCUGAUUCCGCGUCCGUGGCAGGAGAUAGUGUUGCUGCGCCUGCCGCCAAUAAGGCAUCAUCCUCCAAGGUGGCGUCUAUGGAUGAUUCCGUGGUGGGCGGUGAUGCCAGCAUUUUUGGUGGUGACGAUGAUUUUGCCAAAUUGUGGAACGAUUCGUCGUAUGCCGGUGGUGGUGCAGGAGGACAUGGAUCGAGCAGUGUUUUUGGCGACAAUGACGAGCACCCACAACGCAACAACAAUAAUACUGAUGAUGAUGAUGACCACGACAUUAUGAUUGGAAUGGAUACGACGGAAAAGGCGAGCGGUAGUAGUCAUGAAAACAACAACAACAACAACAACAACAGUGCUUCCUUGUUGCAAUCAUCCACACACACGGAUAAGGCUGACAACACAGCUGCCGCAGUCGCCGCCGUGGGAGCUACGGCAGCAGUGGCCAGUACUGCGGCGAUUGCGGGGUACCGGUCGGCCCGCAAAAAGAAGCAGCAAGAAACACCUGCCAAGCCGGAAUCCUUCACACUCGUAGAGACAUUGCCCGACAAGCCAGAAGACGAUCCCUUGGCGAAUGUAUCUCCCAUCAAACAACAAGGCGAACAGAGUGAUGAUGACGAUGACGAUGAUAGCGACAUUUUGCUGACAGCCGCUGCUGCCGCGGCAUUUGCUGGAUCCACAACACCCAAGAGUGACCGAACCUUGGGAACCAACGCUAGCGGAGACGAAGAUUUGCAAGGCAACAAUAAGAGAGCAAGCAGGUUCUCGGUCUUUCAGGAGACGGACACGUAUCUUCCAGAGCACAUGCCUGGAUCGGCCGGAAAUUCUGUCAAUGGGGAAGAUGGGUCGGAAGGAUCUGGAUCUGAUUCCGAUUCGGACAGCGACUCGGAUUCGGACAGUGGCGCAUCUGCGGGAAGUGGACAAGUAGUGCUGGAAGACGAAGAUGAUGAGCCAGAACAUAGUUCCAGCCAUACUUUGGCCAAGCAACUCAUGGUGCGAUUGAAGAAACAAGAAGAUAAACAGGCUGAAAUUGAGGACCUGCAGGAUAAACUCAAGGAAACAAUGCUUCGCAACAGCAGCAAUCGACACUUGAUGACUGGUGGAGCAUUAGAAGCCUACAAUACCCUGGAUCACAGUUAUAUGGAUGAAAAGGAUCGAACAAGACGGUUGAGCCUCCCACUGUCUUCUGCGCUGGACGACUCUGACGACGAGGAGGACAAACCAAAACACGACAAAAUUGCCAGCUUGGAUGUCGAGGAAGCGAAGGCACCGGUGGGCGUUUCUUCAGAAGAAUUAGAACAACUGCGAAAGGAGUUGCAGUCGACUAUGCAAGAAAUGGAGAAGCUCAAGGUCCAAAAAAGUUAUCACGAAGACCGAGUGCGAGAACUCUUGAAUGAAUUGGAGAAUAGCAAAAACGAUAGCAAGAAGGAAGGCAAGGAGACGGAUGAUGAGGAUGAUGACAUCAACUCCGACAUGGAAUUGGACGACGACGACGACGACAACAACAACAAUCGCAAACGAGCGCUGGAAAAUGGGGAUCUCCCUGAUGAAUCUAAAAAGAGCCAGAACAUACAGGCAUACUUGGACCAGAAAGUGGAUGAAUGUGCCGAGCUCGCUGCGACGGUAGAACAGCUCAGAGAGGAGCUGUCACAAAGACAAGCCCAAAUCGACGAAUUGGAGGCUCAAAAAAGUGAGAAGGUUGAUGACACGACAAAUGAUAAGAACGAAGACGAAGCGAUGGAAAGGUCUUCGUCCAUCCCCAAGCCUCCAGAUGAGCUAGUGUCAGCUGUAUCUACCGAUAUCAGCAAAGAUGCUAUUGAGAAGCAGCUGCUGUUAAAGUCAGCCGAAUGCAUCGAUCUUCGGGAUCAGAUUGAAAAACUCAAGGAGGAGGUGAAACAGAAAGACGAGCAGUAUCAAGAAGUCCAUCGCGAUCUUUUUACUUCCAAUCUUGCCUUGGGAGUCGAGGUUGACAGAAAGGCAACUGCACAGCAAGCCUUGGACGACAGAACUAACGAGCUCGAGGCUGUUCAAAGGGGGAAGGAGGAGAUGGAGGCCAAUAUGGCCAAGUUGGAAGAGAAGAUGGAAGCCUUGAACGAAGAAUCGUUUUCCAAGGCGACCAUGAUGGACGAGAUGAAACAACAACACGACGCGAAACUGAAGGAAGCGGUAUCCAGAGCGGAGAGGAACCAGAAGGAGCUCAUCUUCGCAAACAGGCAGGUCGAGGAGUUGCAAGCACGAGUAGAAGAGUUGCAAUCCCAGUACCACUACCUGGAAGACAAAGGUCUUGAAAACGAAACUGUUGUUGGUGAGCUACGAAACUUGCUGAUUGUGGAAUCCGAUAGGAAAGACGAAAUGGAGAAAAUGGUUGCUGUGGUGGAGAAAGAGAAAGCCGAGGUGCUUGCCGAACUAGAAAUGGUGAAGAAAGAGAAUGAAAUCAACAAGGCAUUGCUACAGGACAAGAAGGAGUUUGACACGGAUGAAGGCAAGAGCAAGGUAAACAUCCAGGGCGAAGUCGAAAGGCUAAUCGCCGACAAUGCCGAGCUGGCAAGACAGUUGAAGGACGUUCAAGCGUCAGAGGCUGCAAUGAAGGACGAACGAGAGAGACUGGUUGCAAACGCCACAAAUAUGAGUAUUAUGCUGGCAGACUCUCGUAGCAAAACAGAUUUCUUACAAAUGCAGCUGGACGAGUACAAGGGUGCAGCCAUGGUAAGCAGCGAGCACGGUCCAAUUAGCAGCCAGAGUGAACAUGGUAUGACCACCCCAAACAAGAAAGGUUUACGCGGUUUGAUCAACCGUGGCGGCGACGGCGGCGGCGGCCUCAUGGGUGACAGUUCUGAACGCAGCGUGGGUAGCAUGGGGGGCAGCCGUCGUGGCGAGCGGAGUGCAAGAUUUCGCUCCUUUUUGCAAAAUCGAAUGGGCCGACAAGGAGAAGGUGGUCCCGCGAGCGGUCCUCUGAGCUGAGCACAUUCAACCACUGUGUUACCUCACCGAUUCGAUUCAGCCGGCCGCUGUCGGAGAGCAUGCGUUCCCUUGCAGGCAGUAAUGUAUUUGGCCAGUUUCAUUGGUAUAAGCCCUGUUGAGUUUCUGUUGUCAACUUGGUUAAAACAUAGCUAUUUGUGAUAGAGAACGGUGAUUUCAUCCACGGCCUCGUCGUCGACUCUCCUUUUGCGGUGAAGCCCUGACUUGCUUGGAGACUGGACUAGGAAAAAGGUUGGUGAGAGCUCCGCAAAGAUUGUAUGAUAGCCAAGGAUCUUCCGUGACCCCUUGCAAAACGAGAUGUUUGUGGUGUGCUCAUUAGCUAGCUUUGUAAGCCAGUAUCGCAUAUGAUAUUUUGUACCCAUGAGAUGGUCCAACACCAUUCGGACAGCUGACAUCAUCUUGAUUGCAUGGUCGAACUGCUAACCUACUAGUAUUCUAUUCCACAUGUCAAGAUCCUCCCUCAAUGGAAGACGAUCGAAGAAGACUCCGAUCCAAUGAACCAUGAACUGAUGAACCGAGGGUGGGAACAUUUUGUAGUUCUCUCUGAAGUCUGCUCGAAAUACCCCCAAUCUGCUUACUGUGGCCCGCAGAAGUCUCUGCAGCACAAAUGGCAGUUUGUGCAACAGGUGACAAGGUGCUCUGCCGAUUCCUUUGCAGCCAUCGCGACAAGAAACGCAAGUAUCUCGAUGCCUGUCUUUCCCAACGCCGCCACUUUACUCCGUUUGUUGUCCUUGCAUGGGGUCGAAGCUGAGGCACUCACCAAAUGUAUUUCUUCUUUGCAGCGAGCGAAGUGGGAACGCCCUUACUCAGUGGUGCGUGGCUACGUUAAUGUUCGGCACCUCUGCAUGCUUAGCUCUCGUGUCCCUGCUGGCACAAUGAGCUACCGCCGUUCUCUCUGGGACGCCGAUGGUGCACUUGCACUCUUCCGCUAAUCUUGCCUCCCUUACUCCCUCUUGACUUCCCCUCUACUUCCUCCAUUUCCUCAUCGCACCCCCCUUCCCCCCAACCCCCGGUUUUGCCCUGCUCCCGUCCUCUUUGCUCUGCCAGUGCAACACCCAUUACUUUGCCUAGCUUAGCCCCCCCUGCUCCUUUAAAACGUAUCUACUUAGUAUUUAUUUCUCCUUCCCCCCCCCCAAAAAAAAUGAACCGGUGCAUCGCGCUAGCCACAAC